AUGCGACGGGCAUCAUGGGUCAACCGGCUCGUUAACGACACCUCGACGUUCCCUGCCGACUCCUCCCUCUCCCACCCUUCCUCCUCGCCCGCACCCGUCCCUUCCGUCGUACUCGACGUCUCCGCACGCGGCGGUCUUGACGUACUCCCCGAGCGAAUCCCAAAGCGACGCCGAAACUCGGCCGCCAUCGUUCCCGCUUCGACACCAGAAACCACCGCCGAGCCGUUUUCGUCGCGCCGUUCGUUGCCGCAUGCGUCGCUUGGUGUUGCCAGCGACGCCCAUGACCAGUUGUCGACGCAGAGCGGCGGCCUACCCCACUCGCCGACUAAAUCGACCUUCUGCGACCCGCUCAUUUCCCUCACACCCUCCGACCUCCGCCGCCCUUCCUUCGCCACAGUAGGACCCUCUACCUCUCCACCUUACCGGGCCAGAGCGCAAACACCUUGGAAACCUCUCCUUCGCGCGAUACGACUCGCCUGCAUUGCGCUACUCGGCUUCUUCCUCCUCCUCCGACUCGCAACCUUCCUCCGCCCUUCUCCAGAGGACCUCUCUCCUUCAUCCGUCAGUACGCCGCGCCGCAAACCGCCCUUCUCCAAAUCCCGCUCUCCCUCCCCUCGCCUUCCUCCCUCUCCCUCGGACCGCCUCACCCUCCAUCCAACCGAACUCGAGUACUGGCAGGACCGGCGGCAAGAGUGGUUUUGGCGGAGACCUGAUCAGCAGAGGGGAGAGGAGUUGGAGGUUGUCACGAGGGAGCACAAGGAGGGGAGCGAGCAUGAGGCGACUGUUAUCUAUCUGACGGGACUCGGACAAACGCCCGACGACGCCCUCCUCCCCGACGUCGCAAGCAAAUCUCACCCCUCCGUCCGCUGGGUAAUCCCCGUCGCCCCAAAGAUUCCCAUCACAGUCUCGAACCAAACCCUUCGUCCGGCAUGGUACGACAUCCGACGGUUCCCCUACGACCCCAUCGCAGAUCGAGAUCAUGAGAGGUUGUUUGCGAGCGCGAGGGGCGUUAAUGAGGUUAUCCGAAGGGAGAGGGGGAGGUUGAUCCGUUCCUUGAGGGCGAGAGGGGGAGGUUCGCGUGUGAAGAGCGAGGAAGGCGAGGACGCAGAGAUAGGAACAGAGCAGGAGAAGGACUGGGCGAGCAAGAGGAUCCUCGUGACGGGUUUCUCGCAGGGUGGAGUCCUGGCGCUUCUCGUGGCGCUCACGCAUGAGCGGAUGCUAGGAGGCGCGAUGGUGCUGAGCGGGUAUUUGCCGGUCAGGGAGGAUAUGUCGAGGCUCGUCUUUGACCUCGACAGACGGGAGCUGCCGAUCUUUUGGGGACACGGCGAGGCCGAUGUCGACGUUACCUACUCCGACGCCGUCCUCUCCGCCGCGCUCCUCUCUCCCCUCUCACUCACCCGCUCCACCCGCACGCGACACCUCCCCGCAACCUCUCUCUACUACACCGACCCUUCGACCCGCCUCAACCUAACCAACACCCAGUUCCGGUCGUAUCCUGGCUUGGCGCAUGCGUGGAGUGAGAGGGAGGUCAGGGAUGUGAGGAGGUGGCUGAGAGGGGUUUUGCCGAGAGAGGGAAGGGGGGAGAAGGUGCCGCGAUGGGACUGA